UUUAUUUAUUUGUUUAUUUAUUUAUUUAUUAAAAGAAUAAAAAAAAAUGACGUUUUUAUUGUCAAAAAAAUGACAACAAAUACUCUAAUAAAACAUACAAUAAUAAUGUCAAUAAGUUAAAAUUAAAAAAUGAGUGUUUUUUUAUCAUUUCCUGGUGAGUUUUAUUAUCAAUAAAAAUGUUUUUAUCAUUAAAAUGGUGUGUUAUCAGAGAAAAACGUCGUCAUGUAUUAGCAAUUGAAUUACCAGAACAAAGUAUUAAUUAAAAUAAAAGCUAUUUUAAUAUUCGACAAUAUUCCCAGUGUAAUUUAUUAUAUUUUUUAAAAAUAUAUAUUUUUUAUUUUAAUUGCAAUUGGCAUGCGCGAUAAAUAACUUGCCAACGAUUGUGUUACAUUUUUAUUCUCAUAUUGCAGAAUUGGAAAUUGGAAUAAAAAUAAAAAGCAUUGUGCAACGUUGCACUUGAUUAUAUUUAUAAAUAAAUUAAAAAAUAAUAAUAAUUAAAUAUUGAUUAUUAAUUGUGAUAAUAAAAUAAUUAAAACUUCAAGACAAAAAAUAUAAUUUUCAUUUUGCAUAACCUGAAUAGCCAUCGACACACAUUUUAUAUGUUGAUGUUAAUGUACAUGUGUGUUUUUUAACAAGUGUAUAUUAUUAUUAAAUAAUAAAUAAACAAUUGAAAUAAAUAUUUAAUUGUUUAUUAUUGAAUGGCAUUUGUAAAAUGGCAAAUGUCAAUUGGGGAGAACUUUUCCCUGGAAGAUGGAGUGCUUUUAUAUUUUUUUCCUACAUGGCACUUUUUAUCAAUCAAGGAAUCAUUGUUACAUGGUCACAAAGCAAAGGUGAUUACAAAUACAACAUAGUCACUGUUGUUCUGUUGACUGAAGUUGUCAAAUUAAUUGUAUCAACAAUAUUAUUUUGCUGGGACAAUAAAAUAUCAGUUUUACUAGUUGACAUUGUUAAACACAAACGAGUAUUUUUUUUAUACAUGGUACCAUCAUUUUUAUAUUGUUUAUACAAUAAUUUAGCAUUUGUUAAUCUUGCUGCUUUUGAUCCAACAACUUAUUAUCUUUUACUACAAUUUCGUGUUGUUAUAACUGGAAUAAUAUUUCAGGUUGUUUUUCAUAAAAAGCUGUCAUCGAAACAAUGGAUUUCGUUGAUAAUAUUGACACUUGGUUGCAUGAUGAAACAUGUGAAUCUCAAUCUAGGUGAAAAUAAAUUUAUUGAAAAUUUUCAUUUAAAUAUAAAUGCAUUUUUUAUAUUUGUACAGACAAUUUGUUCAUGUUUAGCUGGUGUUUACAAUGAGUAUUUAUUAAAAGGUCAAGGUGCAAAUAUAAAUAUUUUUUUACAAAAUGUAUUCAUGUAUAUUGACAGUAUUAUUUGUAAUAUUAUUGUGUUGAUAUUACAAGGAAAUCCUCUGGAUGCAUUUGAAAAUUUUGGACCAAGUAUUCUACAUGAGCCAAAAGUUUUAAUAAUUAUUAUAAACAAUGCAGCAAUUGGUAUUAUAACAAGUUUUUUUUUGAAAAAUUUAAAUUCAAUAUUAAAAACAUUUGCAAGUGCCUUGGAGCUUGUAUUUACAGCAAUUUUAUGUUGGUUUAUAUUUGAUAUUCCAAUUUAUCUUAAUACUGUUUUGGCAAUAACAAUGGUCAGUUAUGCUGUCAUACUUUAUGCCAAAAAUCCAGUUCAAAAUACAACAACAAAUAUUGAUUUACGAAGUAACAACAAGGAAGACUACAUACGUCUACUAGAACCAAAAAUUCAAACUGUAUAAAAUUUGAACAUUCACCUAGCUGAAUGUCUUCCUAAUAUUCAAUCGAAAUUUUAAAAUCAAUAAUACAAUUAAACAUCGAAAUAUGUGAUUAAUAAAAUAACUCAUUAUUUUUAAUUCGAAAAUUAUUUAUAUUAUUUAUUUAUUUAAUCAACAACACGCUUAUUAUUAUUGAUAGAUUUUAGUUUAAAUAAUUUUAAUAACAAUCGAAAUACAACUGCUUUUUUUCUUUGUAGAAAUAAUUUUAUCAGGUGUUGAGUGAAUAAUAACUUUAACUAGUGUAAAUAAAGUCCCUUAAAUUAAAUUAAUCUUGUUAUCGAUAAAAAAUUAAUUAAAUAUAUUAAAGAAAAUAUAUGUGUUUGCGUGAGUUGGCAAGUUAUUGUGUCCAACAAAUAAACUUCUUAGGGACAAUUUGACCUACUUAUUUUUCUUAUUAAUGUACAUUCAAAUUAAUUUUAUUUCUAAAAUUUUGAUAAUCAUCGCAAUAAUAUAUUCAAAGAUAUUGAAUAGAAGAAAAAAUUAAUUUAUUAUGAACUCUUUGUUAUGCAACUUUUAUAAUAUUUAUCAAAAAUUAUUAAAGAAAUAAAUGAAAAUUGUAUAUUUAUAUUAAUUGUCUUGAAUAAUAAAUUGUUUAUAAAAACUUGAUUGAUGUUUUGUUGAAAGAAAAGCUUCUUAUUAACAAAAUAUUUAAGUUUGUUUUUUAAUCGCGUGGAAUUUUUAAAAAUCCAUAUUUAAAAUAAUUGUUAUUAACUGCACCUAGAUGUUCCAAUUUAAAUUGACAUGUCCUCAAAUAAUUUCUCAAGAUCAACAGCUCUAGUUCAACACAUGUAUUAUCGAGGACAUGAUAUCAACUUUUUUUUUGUAUAAAUCUCAAUCAUUUUAUAAUUGUUCUACAUUCGAAAAAAAAAAAAUAAUAAUCAAGUUAAUAGUAAUGAUAAAAGCUCUUUAAUUAAUCGAAAUUAUUGAUUGAUUUUUUUUCGAUAGAAAUUGUGUAGAAUUAAGAGUUGAAAUAGUGUUAUUGUUGAGAGUAAAAUUGACGAUGGAAAAUGAUGUGAUGAUUCCUUUGAAAAUAUACAUGUAAAAUUGAAAAAAUUUAUUAGACAAAGUUUGUUGUUAAGCUCACACUGUAGCUGGUGAGCUGGGGGAUCGUUUUUAGUCGAUAUUCAUGCGCACCAACAACUUAACCGCGAGAUUAUAGUGUACAAUAAGUAAAACUGAGUAAAAUAUUUUGUAAAACCAACAGUAGUCACAUGCCACUCGUUCUCGCUAGUACAAUUGUAAAUAUUUUUUUAAUUAUUCAACAAUUUUAAAUAAAUUAAAUUUAAUAAACUCAUAAAGAAAAAUUAAAAAGAGUGAUUACUUGUGGACAUGUGUAUUGAAUAAUUGAUCAAUCCAACACCUGAUGGAUUAUUAUUUUUGAGAUGAUCUGGAUCGAGUUAUGUCCGGG